AUGCAUUUACCACGGAUGUCGGUUAUUCUAACUAUUAGUAUUAUAUUUCAAUACUGUCUACUCUUUAAUGACAAUUUCAUACAAUCUUUAUUCAUAAAGGAGGAUACUAAUGAUAUAAUGGAGAGUUUGAUGGUAUCACGACGUCAUGACAGUUUUAUCUUUGGUAAAGAAUUCAUUGUUGAAGUGGUACUCGGUAAAGAGUUGAAACGAUUGGUACUGUUCAAAACAUUCAGGAAAGUAAUUAAACGGUCUAUAGAGUUCUGGUCAAGAAUUAUGCGACCAAAAGUGCCGCCUAAACGACCCAUAAAACUGGAGCGUGCUUGUGAACAUCGAACUCGGUCUAAUUUGAUUCCACACAAACAUUACUGCAUUGGAGGAUGUAAAAGCAAGACGUUUUAUAAUGGAAUUGAAAUUCGAGAGCGGUAUUUACAGGAUUGUCUUUCCUCUGAAGAAGACGUCAUGAAUUAUGAAAACGAAAUAACAGAAAGCCCUAAACAUCAUUUCCUUCUUUUUCUAACUGCAAAUGAUAGAAUGUGCGGUUUAACUGGCCUGGCUGCGGAGUAUACAUACAACCAAGAUCCUGAUACGGACAGACCACUUGCAGCUGUGAUUGUAUUCUGCAGAGCAAUAAGAUUCCUUUCAUCGAAUCCCAUUCAUUUGAAGCAUAUACUACUGCAUGAAUUGGCUCAUGCAUUUGGGUUUUCAUUUAACAUGUUUCCUUAUCUGCGUUACGAUGAUGACAAAACAGUAAAUAACGGCCUACCGGCUGAAGAUAAUACUAUAGUAUAUGUUAAACGAAAAUGGCAUUCAGCUAAAGAGAAUAACAAUUAUGAGAGAAUCAGUCUGACUCUGCGUAGCGUUGUAAAUUUCGCAAGAAAUCACUUCAGAUGUGAUAAACUUACCUCAGUCGACCUGGAAUCAGAUGGUACUAGAGGCACUCAUUCAAUGCAUUUUGAGCGUAGAUUAGCAAUAGGUGAAUUGAUGGCUGGUUAUGUUGAUAUUAUGCCGGCUACUUCCAAUCUAACCCUGAACUACUUCAAAGAUACAGGUUGGUACCACGUGAAACUUUCCAUGGCUGAUCCAUGGAAGUGGGGUGAGGGUCUGGGUUGUGAUUUUGUAUUUCUAAGCUGUCGCAGUUAUAUGCAAAAGCGCAAGAUGAAUAAUCAACCCAUUUCUCCAUGGUGUGAUCAUAUCAUAGGGUAUGGUGACAGUUGCCUACCGUAUACAAAUGCUUAUGGAACAUGUAAUAUGGUUAAAUUUGUAGGCCAGCUAAAAUCACAUCAUGUUCACUUUAACCAAUCGGUUAAUUCAACAGAUGACGUACAAGUGACAUUCGGUGGACUCGAUACAUUAGCUGACCGCUGUCCAUUUUUAACACCACUCACUCAUGUUAACGGCCAAGAGAAGAAUUCUCAUUGCGGUGAUAUAAACAAUCGAAAAUAUGAAAAUUUUAAUGAUGUUCAAAACCUUCAGUAUUAUGGGAAAGCUUCUCGGUGUUUCCGCUAUGGCACAACUUACUACAACGAACCACAUCACAAUGCCUAUAGAGCAGGUUGUUAUCAGAUAAAAUGCACAUCGUCUUUUAAACUCUCUAUACAAUUUCAUGGUGAAUGGUUCACAUGUCCACGAGAAGGUGGUGAAAUAAAAGUAGCCAAAGAUACUACAAGUGAAGAUUGGAUUCAAUGCCCUCCCUAUGAUGAAUUUUGUUCGGUUAAAAAGACUCGAGAGAGAAAGAGGAGAGUGGAAUCGAAUCAAAUUGAAGAUUAUCUCAGAUCAGGAAACAACAUUUAA